AAGUUCAGUGGAUCCAACAUCACCAGAACUCAGUCAGCUGUUAAGCACUCAACUACCUUCUUCUUUGAUGAGGCAGAUUUUGUCCACCAGGGAAACUACAGCUGUGUUUAUGAAGUAAACGUGUCUUCACGCACCUUUAACUCUCCUACCACUGAACUCUUGGCUGUCACUGUGAAAGCGUCACCAGUUCCCUUCAUCGCUUCUGGAGUGACAGCAGGACUGUUACUCAUAUUAGUGCCAAUCAUCAUUUUCUUCAUAAAGAGAAGCAAAAACCAAAAAGAUCAUCAGAUGGCUGUGAAGACCGAUCAUAGACUUCAUGCCAGAAACACAUAUGGGGUUACCGGAGGAAAUAAUGAGAUGGACGGUGAAGAUUAUGAAAAUGCAGAAACUGUUUUUCACCAGAAAGAAGAUUCAGAUGAUUCUGAUGAGGACUAUGUUAAUGUAGAUGUUGAUGUCAAGAAUAAGGCAGUGCCCAAUGAUUAUGGAGGUGCCAAAACCAUAUGCGGGAAUGAGACGGAUGAUGAUGAUGACGAUGAUGACGUUUAUGAAAAUACAGAAGUCACUGUCCAGAAAAAGGACCAGAGACCAGACCAGAGAGAGGAUUCAGAUGUGUCUGACGAGGACUACAUCAACAUAGAUGAAGAAGCAGAGAAAAUGGCCGUGGACAACGACUAUGAGGAGGAACAAAUUUAUGCAAACACGGAUUAGUAUGGUAAACUAAACAAUUUCACGUGUGUCACUGUAAUUCAAACUCACCUCAACUGCAUCAGGAAAAAAAUAAUCAAUGGUCAGUUUUAUUUCUAAAGAUGAGGAGGGGAGACCAGGGUUGCCUCAGUCUGUAAAAUUCAGUGGUUGUUUGCAUAAUACUUCUCAAAUAUUCAUACAACACAAAUUGAAUACUCUUGAAUACUUUGUACCAACAGUGACAGAAAGCAUGCCCACAAAGUGACAUCUACCAGAGAAAUAAUUCAAGAUGAUUCUUUGAGUUCAAAGCAUCAGACAAACAGAACAGACAUUUAAAGUGAACCUAUUAGUUUGGGAUGUUUUUUAACACAAAGUCCGACACUCUGAGAAUGUGGGAGGAGAACAGAAGAGAAAUGAUGAACUUGUCAUAGCGAUUUUAAACUAGUUUUUUUUUAAGCAAUGCAACUAAAAGGCAGACACACUGGACUCAUGAACAGACUAGGAUACACCCCGACAGAG